AUGACGCGGCGGCGCCCCGGGGGCGGCGGGAGGUGGGUGCCGGUAGCCCUGGCCGUGCUCCUGGCCCUGCGAGGUCUGGUGUGUCCUCUGGAGGUGUCAGUCAGUUCAGGGAGCAUCCAGGUUGCCCGAGGCCAGACAGCAGUAUUGCCCUGCACCUUCACCACUAACGCUGCCCUCACUAACCUUAAUGUCAUCUGGAUGGUCAUUCCUCUUUCUAAUGCCAACCAGCCUCAACAGGUUAUUCUCUACCAAGGGGGUCAGAUCUUUGGUGGUGCACCCCAGUUCUACGGGCGAGUGGGGUUUGCUGUGACAAUGCCAACCACCAGUGCCUCCAUCUUCAUCAACAACACUCAACUAUCAGAUACUGGCACAUACCAGUGUUUGGUCAACAAUCUUCCUGACCGAGGCGUCAGGAAUAUUGGAGUCAUUGGACUUACUGUAUUGGUUCCUCCUUCUGCCCCACUUUGCAGAAUCCAGGGGUCCCUGGAUGUGGGCAGCGAUAUCACACUGACUUGCAGCUCAGAAGAAGGCAUUCCCCGGCCAACAUACCUCUGGGAGAAACUGGACAAUGUUCCCAAGUUGCCCCCAACUGCUACACAAGACCAAGUCCAAGGCACUGUCACUCUCCGAAAUAUCAGCACUGUGUCCUCAGGUCUUUACCAAUGUGUGGCUUCAAAUGCCAUUGGAACCAGCACUUGCCUUGUGGACCUGCAAGUCGUUGCACCCCAUCCCCGAAGCAUUGGCCUGAUUGCAGGAGCAGUGGCCACAGGUGCUGUCGUGCUCGUUGUUUGCAUUGUGUUGGUGGCUGUGGCACUGUUUUACUGGAAAAAUAAACACAAAGAGGAAGAAGAAGAGGAGAUUCCCAAUGAGAUAAGGGAGGAUGACCUGCCGCCCAAGUGCAACUCUACCGCCAAGACAUUCCACGCCGACGCAUCCUCCUCGGAGAACGACACCCUCACCUCCUCCAACACCUACAACAGCCGCUACUGGAACGACCCCAAAGCCAACCACGCCACAGACUCCUUCACCCGCUUCAGCAACAGCAAUGACGCCCACCAGCCCCCUUUCUCCCGCUCGGGGAGCACGAGCACCCGCCCCGUCUAUGCCAACGGCGGCCACCCGUCCCCGGCUCCCCCUAAGACGCUGGUGGUGACGGCCAGCACGGCCCCGUCCCCUCAGGAGGUGAUCCGGAGCAACGGCUCGGUCAGCCGGAAGCCGCGGCCGCCACACACCCGCUCCUACGCGGUCAGCCAGGCCACGCUGGAGCGGAUCGGAGCUGUGCCCGUCAUGGUGCCUGCCCAGAGCAGGGCCGGCUCCCUUGUCUAGGGCCGUGCCAGCAGCCGAGAGCUGAGCAAGGGGUCGCUCGCACCUGGCGGGGCAAAGAGACCCUACUCCUUCCUGAAAGGUGGCGAGGCGGUGGAGGGAGACACACGCUUGCCUCUCCCCCCUGCCCUCCUCUCCCGAGGCUGCUGCUGGGAGAGCCCCGGCCGUGCCGUGUCCCCCCGGGCUGGCGGGGCUUCUCAAGCCGGUGGACGCUGCAGAUGUGCCAAGGCUGGGCGAGCAGGGAGGUUGGGACGAGCUCCCUGGCUGCUGGGCCCCGGCCGGGACGUGCGCCCAGCCCUCACCUUGAGGGGGACUUUUGCUUUUGUUUCCCGUUGGUUUUGUUGGGGGUCGGUUCUGUUCAUUUUGGGUCUUUCAGGGAGGUUUGGGGAGAGAUAUAUAUAUUAUUUUUUUUUUUUUUUUCUGUUGUUGUUGCUGUUUCAUUUCCAAGAGGAUGACAGCCUGCAUUGGGGCAGGGUGGGUGAAGCAGGGAGGGGUGCUGAGGCAGGAUAUGCCUCAUCAUGGUGGCCCCAGCCCCCUCCCCACAGCCCUGGCCCUGCUGCUGGAUGAGGGACUGCAGUGUGCCGGGGCUGGGUGUGAGGCAGCAUGGACCAGGCUGGAGGGACAAGAUGAAGGCACAGCCACCAGCCCAGCCAAGGGAAUGGCUGGGCGAGGGCUUUGACCAGGGAGCAUUUGUCUUUAAUUUUGCAGUUCUUCCCCCAUCCCAGCAUGCAAACAAACACAGAGACACAGAUGCAGAUACGUGCAGACACACACAGGUCCUCUUCAGACUGGGUGCUUUUCCUGCACAACCUUGAGGUGCCAGCAGAGCCCUCUUCAUGUCUGUGGAGGGGACAACCAUCUGAGUGUCUUUCCCUGAGACACCCUGUGCCGGUGAAGACACAUUGCUGCUGUUGGUGGUUUGGGUUUUUUUUUUGGGUGUUGCUGGGUUUAUUCGGGAGGCAGAGAGGAGCAGGGUGGUUUGGCAGAGCCAGAGGCAGGUCCAGAAACAUCUGCUGCCCGUGGGCUACUCUGGUUUGGGGCAAGUGGCUUCAAUCACCACAGCUUUAGUGUUUGCAUGGUGGGUUUUCCUAAUCGGGCUAUCCACAGCUGGCUGACAUGGCAGGGCACACAUGUUGUGCUUGGGGCCUUGACACAAGGAGGCAUCACAGUUUUCAUUCCUGCUUUGCCAUACACAGAGACUUCCUAGGCUCUGAGGAUGGCAGGAUUCAUUUCCAAAUCCUUUUCCAUAGAAAGAAUAAAAUCAGGGGCUUAAUUUAAGGGUAACACUCUGGAAGCCCAUGUGCUAUCUCUCUGCCUCCUCUACUUCCUUCCAUGAUGCAGGGCUGGGUUCUGGUGGCACCUGCCAGUGGCUUUGCCAUCUCCUUGCAGCUGGAGAGGUGGUUGUGGCUGGCACCUAUCCUUUUUCUAUUGCAACUAAAUAGCCUUAAUCAAAGCCAAGAGUUGAAACCGCUGAAGGAACCUGGUGCCAUUUGGAAGGCUGGACUGAGGGCUGGGACUUACCCUCCUAGAGAGCACUGGCUCACGGGAGCUGUGCCUGGAUGGGUAUCUUGGCCCUCCUGCAUAACUCCAGCCCUUACACAUGUGAAGACAGCGGUCAUCUCCAAAAGCACCAGAGUCCUCCCAGGUCUGCUCUUGGAAAAGCAAUGUGGGGAGUCACAGGUGACUUUCCAUAGCUCUCACAUUGGAAAAAGGGUCUGUUUAAGCCAACAGACUCUUCCUCAUCCCCACUUUCCUUGUCCUGGCACGGCUUUAUUUUCCCUAGCAGUGCACAAACCUUGGGCAGGGCCUUCUGCCUGACUGGUACAUUUCAAAUGCAAGCACAGACUCUGAGGAAGAGGGGGGAGAGGUGAGGGCUGGGUUCCUACAUGAACACACUGGCUUUUUGGGAAGUUGGGGGCUCCCAGACAGCACUAGGUUUGAAACUUGGCUGAGAUUUUGUGCCUUCUAUGCUUAAAA